CCUCAUAGGACGCUCCCUCUACACUUCACCCACACUCACUGCUCGUGCACUAAGAGACGGACACGGUGACGGACCUCCGUGCCUUGAUAUGACAUGACCUAGGUAGUUUGGAUGCGGCUCCAUGACCGAUCUUCUUCGGGUGCUGCCGCACUUUGCCGUGGGCCAGUAUGCGAGCCUACUCCCCGUCCUCGAGAAGCACGCCCUGACCACUAGCGACCUGCUCACUCUCGACCCCGUCGACAUUGGCAAGCGCACCCACCUGCCCUUGCUUGACCUCAAGCGUCUCUGCGCCACCGUUCUAAAUGCCCUCCACACCGACCUCGGCGUCUUGGGCCCCAGUGGACAGCCUGGUCAGGGUCAAGAUCAGGAUCAGGAUCAGGAACAGGAACAGGAACAGGAACAGGAACAGGAACCACUACGCCAUGUCGGACACCUUGGCCGGCCACCCCCCGCGCCGGCGGCAGCAGCUCCCUCGAGCGUUGUCCUGAAGCAAACAGCCGCAUCGCUCGCCGCCCAGUGGCAGACUAUCAGCACGCUCGAUGCGACGCUUGACAGCGCCCUCGGCGGCGGCAUCCCCGCUGGCUACGUCACCGAGAUCACGGGCGAGUCGGGCGCCGGCAAGACCCAGUUCCUGCUCACCCUGCUCCUGGCCGUGCAGCUGCCUCCCCCGCACGGGCUCGGCCGUCCAGCCCUCUACAUCAGCACCGAGGCGGCCCUGUCGACGCGCCGCCUUUCGCAGGUGCUAGCCGCCCACCCGCUACUGCGGUCUGUCGAGCCCCCGGCCGGCCGCCCGUCACUGGACAACAUCGUUAGCACCGCCACCCCAGACCUCGAGAGCCAGGACCACAUCCUCACCUUCCAGGUUCCCGUCGAGAUCGAGCGCCGCAACAUCGGCCUGCUGGUGCUCGACAGCGUGGCUGCCAACUUUCGCGCCGAGUUCGAGCGCUCCUCCAGCACCCACCAGCAGCACGGCUCCAACAUGGGUGCCCGCAGCACCGAGCUGGUGCGCCUGGGCAUGCAGCUGCGCGACCUGGCCCGGAAGUACAACCUUGCCGUCGUCGUAGCCAACCAGGUGGCCGACAGGUUCGGCGGCGGGUCUAAGACGCCCAUUUCCUCCUUCCGGCACCAAGGCCAGAGCCAGCCGCCGCAGCACCACCUCCACCACCAAUUCGCCGGCGCCGGCUCAAGCACCCAGGAAAGUCCUCUCGCCACACGCAGCAAAAGAUACAUGCCAGGGGGCGCGGGCCCCGCCAUACCAGCCGUCGAGCCCUCGUCGUCGCUCGCCGACAUAGUCCCGCGCUCGAGCAUCACCGAACCCCGACCGCCGUCGACCAUGCUACCGCCGCCGCCACCGUACCCGUACGGCGAUGACGACGGCAGCGGGGCACCGGCGCCGCCGGCUCUCCUGCUCGACCACCAGCAGCGGUGGUUCACGGGGUGGGGCGACGACCUGGACGACCAGGCGGCGCUCAAGACGCCGUCGCUGGGGCUGGUGUGGUCGACGCAGAUCGCCGCCCGCAUCGCCCUGUACAAGCGCCCGGCCUACGGCAACCGCCUCCGGCAUCACAGCCGCCAACGUCUAGACGGCAGCGGCGACGACGAAGACAAAGAAGACGACAGGAGCAGGCUCGGCAUGCCCGCGCUGCACACCUGGCGCCGCUGGAUGAAGGUCGUCUUCGCCCCGCACGCGCCCGCCUCGGCCCCGGGCCUGGAUGGCGCCGUCGAGUUCCAGGUCACCAUGGCCGGCGUCAAAGCCGUGGCGAAGGAGUGAGUUGAGAGGAGGCUGCGGGGAAACACGAGGAAAAAAGAAAGGAUAGAAAUUUAUGAAAGACUAAGGUCCUGACUUAGGCUUGUAUUUGAAUAAGGCGCCGGCAAUGGAGAGAAACCAUUAGGAGAGGGAGAGAGUAGGAUGUGCUCUUCCGAGGUUGGCAUACACAUGACAUAUCAAUCCAAUACGGGGGGGGG